AGUCCGCCAUCGUCCAUCAUUUUUCUCGUGCAUCGCAGAAAGAAAAACACGGCCUGGUGGUCCGCGGUGGUGCGUGUUAUCUCGAUUGUUGUGUGCUUUCCUUUUGCAAAUUCUACUUAUUUUCCGCGGUGAAAGCGUGAUUUUCAUACGUGCAAACUUUUCCUCGUGAUCUACCGGUGGUGAUGUGCCUGCAGUAAACAGGGACACCCCAAAAUGAUUGAACCCGAGCAACCAUCCAUCAAUAUCACGGAUAACAAUAAGGUGAUUGAUCAUGAGGAGUUCCUCAACCGCAUCAAGAAAACGCUGUACUACGGCUCGUCGACGGUGAAAUGCACCAAAAUAAGCCGCCCUCUGGCCGAUUACGCAGCGGACAUUUUCUCCGAAUCGCACCGCGGCCACUCGCUGAGCCGGCUGAACUUUGUCACCGUGGGCAAUCUGACGGUAACGCCCUGCUCGCUCAUCCUGGCCAUGAUCUAUCUGGACCGGUUGAACGUCGUGGAUCCGGCCUAUGCGCGUCGAAUUACCCCGUCGGAACUAUUCAUAGUGUCAAUGGUAAGUACCCAAUUUCGGAUUCGUGACGAAUGGGUGGACCUUGAACCUUGCGAUUGAAUCUCAGCGCCAAUGAAUGGGCUGGCAGAAAUAGCGAGUCAACAGUGAGAAAUUACGACCUAUUUUAAAUGAUGCAUUCGAAGCGCUUUGCUUGUUUUGUUGCAUCUUUGGCGAUAGCGUGAUCUAUCGGAGGAGCUAAACGCAAUGAUUAACUUUUACCUACUCUUUCUCUUCACGCUUCAGUAAUGUUUACCGUAGAGGUGAUCACAUUUGUAAUUCACUGGUUUCAAUUAGAAGAAAGCUUUUUUUGUUGUGCAAAGGCAGAUUAAUAACUUUUUUGAGAUGCGAUGAUAUUGGUAGCUAUAGCACACUAUUCUAACUGGAUUUAUACACACGAUUUAUACAGUCUAUUACCCUGUUUUUGGUUUUCCUUUGCCUACACUCA